AUGGAUAUUGAGAAACCAAUCAUUCCGAAUCGUCUUUUACAACCAUUUCUGAGUGAAUCAAUUGCACAUAUUCUUUUGAAUCCAAUUGAUGAAUUUCCGAAGGAUAAAUCUGAAAGAGAUCGUAUAGAAAGUGCUCGCAUCAAUUGGGACAGUAGCUUGCAGCAUUUCCCCGAGAUUCAUGAGUCGAUGGGCAUAACCGAACUCGUUAAAGCAUGCGCCCUCGAACACAAAUUCUCCGAACUUCCCAUAAUUUUUCCUCGAUUUCUAUGUGGUCUCGCCGCGAUUUAUCGAGAGUUGGGACUGCCAAAAUUGAACUACACUCGAUCAAUAUUUCCACGUGUCACUGAUGCCAUCAAAUUUCUGAAUGAUCGAGAGAACUAUCCGUGUCAUUCGAUGAAUAUGACCGACGUGGUGGCGAUGAUUCCAGGGAGGAUUUAUAGUGGUUGUGUUAGUGAUACGAAUCCCCUCGAGUUUAGUCAAUUCGAUUCGGCAUUUGUGAUGGCUCACCCAUUUCCUGACGCCUUCUCUCCAGAAUCAUGUGAAAAUGUGAAGCCAGCCUGCGAGCUCCGUUCCAUGUUGUUCCAGCACAAGAUCCUGUACCAACAGAAAGAUUGUUGUUGUGACGGAGAGAUGUGUGCUCUGCUGGUCUUCACUCAAACCAACUCACUGCUCCCGUUGAUUCUGAAAACGAUUGAUUUGAGUAAGGAGACGUUGAUUCCGUUGCCCACGGAGAGUACAACUACGGAGACGGUGACGACUACGGUGGAAACUACGAGAAGAAGAGAACCCGUUACUUUGAACGCUGGACUUUUUGGGGGAUAA